AACUCAAUUCUCCCCGAUAAAGGGGUCCGUGCAAUGUGCCACGCUGUCUAGGGUUUAUCUUGUUCUGCAAUCUUCUUCUCCGCUUCCAAAGGAGGAAGCUUGAGGGGUUUUCGUGGAGUCAUUGCAACACCCAUGGCGUCGCUGCAGCUUUCUGGACCUCGAAUCACCGCCGCCAAGAGGUCUUUGACGCACUUCGAUGGGUCCCGCCUUUCGUCAUCCACAUUCAGGCUUUCUUCCUCCGUAGGAGCUUGUGGAGUUGCAGUAGACCGGAGGUGUUUCCGGGGACUUGUCGUGAAGGCCUCUGCGGUUGUUGCUCCGAAGUACACUUCCAUCAAGCCUCUGGGGGAUAGAGUGCUGGUUAAGAUCAAUACAUCUGAGGAGGUUACUGUUGGCGGAAUAUUGCUACCAUCAACUGCUCAGUCAAAACCUCAAGCAGGCGAAGUAGUUGCUCUUGGAGAAGGAAGAACCAUUGGCAACAACAAAGUUCAAGUCAGUAUUGAGACGGGAUCGCAAGUUGUAUACACAAAGUAUUCAGGCACAGAAUUGGAAUUCAAUGGAUCUAAUCACAUCAUCCUGAAGGAGGAUGAUGUUGUAGGUAUUCUCGAGGCUGAAGACGUCAAGGAUCUAAAGCCACUGAAUGACCGUGUUCUAAUAAAGGUUGCAGAAGCUGAGGAGAAGACUGCUGGUGGUUUGCUCUUGACAGAGGCAAGCAAGGAGAAGCCUUCCAUCGGAACGGUUAUCGCGGUCGGCCCUGGUCCCCUGGAUGGGGAGGGUAACAGGAAGCCAUUGACCGCGAGCCCCGGCAGCACGGUGCUGUACUCCAAGUACGCUGGAAACGAGUUCAAAAGUGCCGAUGGCUCCCUUUAUGUUGUUCUGAGAGCAUCUGAUGUGAUGGCAGUUCUCUCUUGAGAUGUGUGUGCGCGUGAGCCCUAUGAAACCUGUUCUUGGCAGGGUUUCAAAUGGACGGAGGUGAACUGUUGCAUGAUUUUUGUAAUGACAAUAAUUGCUCUUUAAAUUGCAAGUUUUGAGCUCUGUUUAUGCU